AGCAGGAGAUUGGGGUCAUUGUGCCAUGUACGUCACAAAGUAGAAUCAACAAAAAUAACGUUAAUUUCGAAAUGGGGGAUAAAAAUGACUGCCAAAAUAUUGUUUAUAAAUCUACGCCUCCGCCAACAAAUAGAAAAGUACGAAACCCAUUCGAUAAAGCGUUGAUUGAUAAGUUACACAAACCUAUAUGCAGUCCGGGAAUGUGCAAGAUAUAUAAGAAGAAGAGCAAUGGAUCCUUCCGCUGGGACAUAGACCAGGCUUGUACUCUGGUGCCGGCAGACAUCGUAGCGUGUAACAGUCAGUUUGAGCCUACGCCAGACCCUGCAUUAGAGAAGAUUGCCGAAGAGGCUACUGAUCGGUUUUUCUCCCAAGAAAUGGUCAUGCCGAGUCCAUUGAUAGAGUCAUCCAAAAAGGUGAAACCACUAUUGCAGACAUCUGCAGAGUCAAGUAUACAUAUUGACAGUAUUAUAAAAGAAAAAAUUGUGGUCACUAAAGAAGUUUCAGCACAAACAGUUCUCACUCUGCCACCAGAAUUGCCUCCUGAACUAGAGCUUCUGCUUCAGCCAUUUUGUACAUUCACACAGGAACAAAACAUGUCUGGUGAAUACGAGAUCACGGCAAACGGUUCCCUGCGUCGGAAGCUAUUCUUUGAAGAGCAUAGUGACAUGGAACAUUAUGACUCGGAGCAGACUGAUGAUGAAGUACAUGUGGAACAACGACCGCCCUCCAGCUACGAGGCUCACACACCAAUUGUGUUCAGUCCUGAUCUUAGCCGAGACUUCGUAUCAAAAGGCAUGAAGCGUACGUUUGGCACGCCACUGAAGAAAGGCACCUCGGGCAACUGCAGCAGCAAGCCGUGUUACCGCAAUAAAAUACUAGAUGUGGUAGACUUUGGGGAGCCUUGCUUCAGUCCCAUAGAGUUCCGUACACCAAGACGUACUGGUACGGUACAAUGUCAGGGCUCCGCUACUUCUUCAUCUUUAGCCUCCAUCUCACCAGUGUUGAAAGUCAGUUCCAGUGAUGAAGAGAAGAAUAAUUUCACGUCGCCCGAAACCGAAACGAUGGCUACUUGCUUGGAUUGUAUUGAGGCGGAACCGAAAGGCGAGAAGAAGGGUCCUUGCUUCUGUAAACUGACUCCGAAUAAAAUAAAGCGGAGCACAUCGCUGAAGGAAUCGCCUCAUAAGACUAGGAAAAGUUCAUUCUCGUUUUCUGAGAAACGCAGUUUGAGUAUGUCCAGUCUACAUCGUAGUCGCUCUGUUCAGAAGUUGGACUUCAGUAUGGAUAUGAGCGUUGACGGAUCCUUCCAUAACCAUUCACAAGCUGAUUCAGAGUCGAGUUCGCCACAUAAGAAAGAAGCAGUGUGGUCACUGAUAGAAGAAACGAGUAUUCAACAUUUAGUUAAAGUGGAAACAGCCAAGUGUUUGUCAACUGGAGUACAGUCGUCUACCAAAAUACAUAGCAUUAACGUUAAUAUAGACGACACGCCUAUCAAAGGCAAAUCAAAGAGCAAUAUACGAGCUCAUGAAAUUAGUAAAAUUCGCGCACCAAUGCCUCUGAGUCCUCUACACAUGUCUCUAGAUAGUAGUUUAGAUAAUUCAUAUAACCCACUUAGCUUGGAGGAUAAGAAGAUAGACUUUAACAAGGUUGAUCUCAAACUAUUGACUGAAAAUAUAUCUCAAUUCGAUUAUACCACAAACAACAUGACCAAAGUAGGUGGUGAUAGCUCAACUAGUUUUAAGAGAGUAGAUAGUGGAUUUAAUGAGAAUACAUUCUAUGCCAACGCUUCUAGUUACUACGAAAGUGCCAUAAAACCCUCAGAACUGACUGUUACAAAUGUAUCAAAGACUAAUAAUAAGAACGCUUUGAAAGAGAUCUCUAAUAUUCCUUGGAUGCGAGUCGAUAGUGGAUUCAAAGAUGAAUGUUCUUCGGACGGUACGCAGUUUUAUCCUGUACACGAAAAUUCUGUGAAAAAGUUCACGGGCUUCCAUUUUUCCGAAGCAAAGAUAGAUGAGAAAGAGAAUUUGGGUGCUGAGGACUUUGAUAAGUUUUUGGUUCAGUCCACCAACAAAAGUGAGACCAUGUCGAUGUCUGAUAUCUUCACGGACGACAUGACAUUCAACUGCAAUUUCUCUUCGACUCCAUCUAAAAAUAAGACACGUAAAGUUCUUUCAUAAUUAAGUUAUUGUAAGCUUUUUUUAUAAGACGGUAUGAAUUUUAUAUGCAUUUACACAAUUAGGUAAUUAAUUAAUUUGUUUUUGACUUUGCUCCAUUAUUGUGGAUGAUUUAUAGAAUUAUGAUGAAUUGAUUUUGUAUGUGGUGUCUAGAGCUUAAUUUUUGCGCGAUAUAGAUAUUUUUGUGUGUUUUGUAUGUGAGUACUCGAGUCAAGGAAAAUUUCAUAUAGUUUCAAGACUGAAAUGAUAAAAUACGAUAUGAGUAUUUUCCUUGGCUUGAUUGAUUCGUAUGUAACAAUAGUCUCAGGGGAAUUGCGCGUCGUGCCGACAAAUGUCCAUCAAGAGCCUGCACUAUUUGUCUUCUGACCUCUUUAAUUAAUAGGCAACAAUAUCUGUCAAGAUAAUAUUAGCUAGUUUAAAUUUAGCUUUGUAGUAUUUAAUAUGUGUGUGCAAUUAACUCUAUUCUUAUUGAACCUACUCGCAUAUGGCACGGCAAAUAUGAAAAUGGCUUAACAAUUUUUAUUUUUAUUUUCAACACAGAUAUCAUUUUUUUGUGUAAUUUCUAUACCCUAACAACUACCCAAACAUUCCGUUUUGGUGAAGUUUAGUACCCACAUAAAGCCGCUAGUUUAUUGACGUUUUCAGAAGUUUCUAAAAUCUGAGUAUAAAGUAAUAAAAGUAAUUUACUUCUCUUUGGUGUUAAGCCACUGUAGUAUGAAGCGUGCGAAAUGUUUACUCGUUAGUUAAUUUCGUUAAUUAGAGGGCAUUAAUAUUAUCAAGACGACCGCCUCAAAGUCCGAGAUUUGUUUACUCUUAUUUUUAAUUUAAUUUUAUCUUAUUUUUAUUAUAAUUUGCUGUUCGCUCGUAUAAUUAAAUUAAUGUAUAAUUUAAUUAGAAAUAAAUUUUGUUGGUGGACACACCAAAUUCUAAA